AUGGGUAAAAGUAUUACAUGUAAAUUGGGAAAUGGAAAUUUGAUUGACUUUUGGAAUUAUCAUUGGGUUGGUUUGCAGCCUCUAAAGGUCUCCUUUUCGUCUCUUUUCGGGGCGAUUCAGAAUGUCUCUGGUAGCAUCCUCUCAUCAGGUUACUGGGUUGAUGGAAAAUGGUGCUGGAAAGUUGUCUCGGAGACUGAUUUGUUACCGUCAUUGGCGAAAGAAGAGCUGAACCAACUGUUAAUCAUUCUGGCAGAGCUGCAACCCUUUCCAAACUCAUUGGAUUCUUUUAGUUGGUGGAGAAAUUCGGCUGGUUUUUCGGCCAAAAGUGUUUAUAAGUGGCUGUCCGGUUCGAGUUCGUUGGGGACUAUGCAGAAUUCCAUAAAUCCUUCGGUGUUUAAAAAGCUAUGGAAAGUUGUGGUUCCUUCAAACAUUAAGUUUUUCGGCUGGAGAUUAUUGCUCGAUCGUUUGCCAAAGCGUAUUCAGCUCGGGAAAAGGGGGGUUAUAUUGCCAAAUGGUUCUAGCUGUCCUUUUUGUUCUAAUGAAGAAGAAUCUGCAAUUCAUCUUUUCUUUCAUUGCUCAGCAUCAGUUCAGCUUUGGUCAAAGGUAUUUGCUUGGUUACACAUUCCGUUGUAUAAUCUGCAGGGGUCGGUCUUGGAGAACUUCGGAAUGUUCAUGUACCCGAUUGGAAACACAAAUGACAAGUUUUGGAGGAUUUUAUGGUUGGCAGCAACAUGGACAUUAUGGAAAGCUAGGAAUGAUUUGAUUUUCAAUAAUAUAACAUUCGAUUUAAAUGUGCUGUAUUAUCGGUUAAAAUCUACCUUGUGGGACUGGUUGGGAUUUUGUAACAUAGACAAUAUUGAUUUUUCUUUGGAGGAUUGGUUGAUAAAUCCUGUAGAAUGUGUAAUUUGA